AUGAGAAGUGACAAUCAGAGCUUUUGGGGGGACUCUCCUCAGGCCUUCAUCCUUCUGGGUGUUUCUGACAGGCCAUGGCUGGAACUCCCUCUCUUUGUGGUCCUCCUUGUGUCCUAUGUUCUGGCCAUGUUGGGGAACAUUGCCAUCAUCCUGGUGUCACACCUGGAUCCCCAGCUCCACAGCCCCAUGUACAUCUUCCUCAGCCACCUCUCCUUCCUGGAUCUCUGCUAUACCACCACCACAGUCCCUCAGAUGCUGGUCAACAUGGGCAGCUCCAGGAAGACCAUCAGCUACAGUGGCUGCACAGUACAGUAUGCAAUUUUCCACUGGUUGGGAUGCACUGAAUGCAUUGUUUUGGCAGCUAUGGCCUUAGACCGCUAUGUGGCCAUCUGUGAGCCCCUCCGGUAUGCUAUCAUCAUGCACCACCCUCUUUGCCAACAGCUUGUGGUUUUGGCCUGGCUCAGUGGCUUUGGAAACUCCCUCAUUCAGGUAGUCCUCACAGUGCAGUUGCCCUUCUGUGGGCAACAGGUGCUAAACAACUUCUUCUGUGAGGUGCCAGCCAUGAUCAAGCUAUCGUGUGCUGACACAGCUGUGAAUGACACCACAUUGGCUGUGCUGGUGGCCUUCUUUGUACUUGUUCCCCUAGCUCUCAUCCUUCUGUCGUAUGGUUUCAUUGCCCGUGCAGUGCUGAAGAUCCAAUCCUCCAAGGGACGGCACAAGGCUUUUGGGACAUGUUCUUCCCAUGUUGUGGUGGUUUCCCUCUUUUACCUACCUGCCAUAUACAUGUACCUGCAACCUCCUUCCAGCUACUCCCAAGAGCAGGGUAAAUUUAUCUCCCUUUUCUAUUCCAUAAUCACCCCCACCCUCAAUCCUUUCAUCUAUACUCUGAGGAAUAAGGAUGUGAAGGGUGCACUGAGAAGACUCCUGGCAAGGAUCUGGAGGCUCUGCAUAAGAUGA